GAGAGAUGGUCUUAUCCCAUAUUAUCCAAGUCUCGACCCAGCCUAAAAACCCAAAUUCGCGUUUGCCCCAGCCUCGCGUGAGAAACAACGCAUCCACGUAGGAUCGUAUGAAUUUCGGACGAAAUUUGUCGUAGGUAUAGCAAGACUUGUAGACAUUACGUGGGCCCUCAGGUAAAAACGAGCCGAGCCAGUUUCUCGGUCUUCGGUUCCACGCCCCCGUCUUCGGAUCGCUCCCAUCGAAACCCUAGCAAUUUGGCACCCUGACACCGCCGCAUGCUGAUCGCCGGCAGGUUACGUCCACCGCCCUCCGGCGAUGAUAUGCACACACGCCCCCAAGUAGCAAUCUGGAUCGAGCCUCAUGGUCGAUGGCAGUAUGGCAUGAGAAGGCGCGCGGAGAUUCGAUCUGCACGGUUUGUACACAUAUUCUUACAGUUGCCGAUCCAUCUCUCGUCAACAUACUGCAGACCUGAUUGAUCUGUUGCCCCAACUUAUCAAUCCAACAUAUUAGCACGCCAAUAAUUUGGCGAUGGCAGAAGUUGCCAAAAGAAAUUCGAGCCGAACAUUUGUUGACCUGCUAAUAUAUUGGUUUGGUAAAUCGAUCCCAUCAACCAAUCAACAACCCCCAUGAACAGAUGCAUAGGCCACGGUUCGUGAUGCAGAGCACAGUGCAAGUCAUGCAUGCUUCAGGUGUCUACGGGUGCAUGAUCCAAUCAGACAUGUUAUGUGCAUCGACAUGCCAGCAUAUCACACUUUUUGUUAUUAAAGGAUGGGCCUGGCGGCUGGCACGGUAUCUCCUGGGUCCUAAAUUUCAAUCAGCCUCUUCACAAAGAAGAUACAGUGUAACAAAAACAAAGGAAAGAUUGCCUCGGGCUAUAACGUGUGGAAGCUUUGCUACUAGUUAUCCGACUCUGCUGACAACAUACACUGCAAGGAAAAACUGUCGAAAUAUGAACCUCUUGAUGAUGCUGCGAUAUCUAAAUGGCUCCUGUCAAUUAUUGGCACUCACAGUGCCCAUAACAUUGAUGUUAUUGUGGAUACAGUUCAUGAACUUGCCCCCAGUACAAACUGGCUGCAUGUAAUGGAAAAUCUUGAUCAUGAGGAUCUCAAUAUUCCGGAUGAAUCAGGCUUUAAUUUAC